AGGUGUAACCAGUCCAAUAACAUGACUGAUGCAUCAAGCCAGUCAUUUGGGAUGGAUGGAAGUACUGAAAAAGUGACUAGCCUUGAUGGCAGUUAUAUGGAAGGAGGUGGACAGAUUUUGAGAAUGGGCAUGGCUCUGGGUGCAAUCUUACGCAAGCCUGUUCGGGUAUACAAUAUCCGUGCAGGAAGACCAAAUCCUGGACUUCAAGCUCAGCACCUUACAGGGAUUCAGUUAGUGAAACAAAUCUGCAAUGGCUGCCUCAUUGGAGAUCAGAUUGGUUCCACUGAGAUUACUCUGUAUCCUGAGUCAAUUUCUCAUGGGAAUUUCCAUGGGGAUACAAAGACUGCUGGGAGUGUUGGACUCCUUCUCCAAGUUGCCCUUCCUUGCCUUGCAUUUGCACAGGGCUCAUCAACCCUCAUACUUAAAGGUGGAACAAAUGCAGAUUUUGCUCCUCAGAUAGACUACACCUUGGAGAUUUUCAAGCCCCUUGCAAAAAAGUUUGGACUGGAUUUCUCCUGUAAUGUAAUUCAAAGGUGAGAGUUUAGAGAGG